AUGGCCGCAAUCAUCAACUUCAACUCCGGAUUCAGUUCGUCCGUCCGUCAGUCCCCACCCACCCUUUCAGUGCUACCCAAAUUUGAUCCCUUUAUCUCGGGAGUGCGACAUGCCUAUAAAUAUCACGAUUAUCUGGUGGCCAACUGCAGCUCAGAAAUGUCCAGUCCAAUGGCCAAGUUAAUGUGGUAUAUAAACAACAAAACGGCACCUGGGCACAGUUUGCAGCCGCAAAUCAACGAAGUCUCACGCAACGCCGACGGCUUUCACCUGUUCGCCAGCCACCUGCAGUUGCGCCUCCACCUGGACGACCCGCGGUUCAUCAGCAAGAGCGAGAUGCUGGAGCUCCGGUGCACGGCGGACAUCAUGGGUCUGGCGGCGGUGCGGAGGGAGAGCCGGGUGAGGACCACCAUCCUGGCGCUCAAGGACGCCGGCACCAAGCAGCGGCUCACCGAGAACGGAUCCUGCAUCACCGGCCAACCAGCUUCCCUGGCCGCCUGGCUUCUAAGCCUUGUCCACAUUCUGCGCUGGCACGGCUCCCAGAGUUAGUGGCUGGCAUUAACGGGCGCUCUAUUUGUGGCCUAAGUUUCCAGGAUCUAAGGACCCAAGUCUCCCAGUGCACACACUCUAAAAUAAACCAAAUUAAAAAUGAGACAGAAACGGGCACCAAAUUAAUUGGGUGAUUCGCACCAUUUCGAGCCAAAUGAAAAGUUAACAAGCCAAGGCAGCAACAGUUGAAUUUGUAUAUAGUCGAAAUCGAAUUAGUCUAGGUCCGCGCAAGGAAGCCCAGCCAUUUCCUACAUAAGUGUAAUGCAACCUUUGUUUUAUGUGUGAACAAGCCAUCGGAAAUGCGAAACCGAGAAAAUCAACAACACAGGAGGAAAACUAUGAAAUAUAAAUUAAUAUAUAGGUAUCUAAACGUAAAAUUUGCUACCAAAUACAAUUAUAUGUCAGAAUUAUUUCAAUAGUGGAGGAAAAUUCGAAUAUCAACAAAUUUACACAUGAAUAUUUGAGCACAGAAAAAGGAACACACACAAUCAAUGGCAAGUAAACUUAAUUAUUGUAUGUGAAUUGUUAAUUGUAUUAAAAGAUGUAUGGGAAAUAAAUAAAUACGAAUAAA